CUGCCACUGUCCCUCAUCCCUCCAGCGUGCCCUGGCAAACAGGGCUGUCCCACCCCCAGGGAAGGACUCAGUUUUUCUCUGUGCUGAAUUUCUGCAGCUCAACAAGGCCCCGCACACCAGCACAGCCCACACCAUCCUGCUGAGCAGAGACCAAUAACAGUGUUAACCAGCAGAGCACCAGGAGCCUGGUGCUGUUGGCUUUAGGGUGACAGCAGCAGGUCUCAGGGCUUGGGAAGUGUUAGCACUCUCCGGUGGCUGUCACCAUGCAGCAAAAAGGAAGGUGUUUCUCUGCUGGGUUGUGGGCAGGCUUCCCUUCGCUGUGCAGCCCUGGCAGCUCAGGUCAAUGCUCAGUGUUGUGCCCAAGCUCUUCUUUGCAUAGAGCAGUGCUGGGGAGACGAACCACCAUGGCCAGCUGAGCAACGGUAUCAAGGCACUGCGGUGACCAUCGGCUAAGCAGUAGGAGGGCCACAUGGAUGUGGACCUGGACUUUUGCUUAUGUCCCAUGUGUCACUCUUGUUCCUACCUGCAAGCUCGGGUGCACCUGGGCUUAGGCAUGUGAGCAUCGUGCCCAUGGGUGGCACAGGAGCCCUGGGCUUGGCUGGCAGCGGGGAUGCCCCAACACAUCACUCACCAUUCUGGGCUGAGGGGUCAUCAGCACAAUGGGGUUGGGCAGGAUAGGGUGAGAAGGGAAAGAAAAAUAGAGCCCGGAGUCCACUGGGGAGGCGAAGCAGCUCUAACCGUUAGCACUAUUUCAGUGAGCUUGAGGUGGGAGGUUACUGGCCAACCCACAGAAAGAAGCAAGGGGAUUGCAGAAAGGAAAUGAGUACGUGGCUGUUGCCUCAGGAGAAGCUGCAAGCCCUGGGGGAGCAGUGCCUUGGGACAGGAGCAGAGCAGCCCUGGGGUGGCUGGGAUACCUGCAAAGCAGCAUGAAGCACAUGCUCCUGGACACAGUCCUACUGUUCCUGCUGCUUUCUGACGCCGCGGGAGGCCAGGACAGCUGUGACGCACUUCAGCGGGGGGACAGGAUCGAAGAAUGCUGUAACAUCACGGUGGAGCCAGAGGAGAGGAACGAGGCCCCCGGCCUGCCCCUGGACCUGCCCCGUCACUGCGCAGAGCUGCGCCGCUCCACCCGCCCUGCCUGCCGCUGCCUGCAGGCACGCUGGCUCAGGUUGGUGCAGAUGGCAGGGCCGGCACUGAGCGGCACAGACAGGCUGCAGGCACUGCACCUGAACGUCAGCAGAGGCCUGGCCCGCGACCUCCUCCUCUCCUUCUCCCCAGCUCAGGGCCCCAUGACAAUCAGCUCUAUGGAGGAGGGAAAAGCAGGCAAAAUCCGUCUCCCUCGGGAGGUAUUCCAGUCCCUGAGCAGCCAGGCAGCACAUGUGGUGGUGACAGUCCUCAACAUCAAGCAACUUGGCAUGUUUGAGGAGGACAACCAGAUGGGGCAGGUCUUGGAUGACACUGUGGUGGGCAUCAUGGUGGAGGAUUUGGACAUCUCUGGGCUGCAGGACCCUGUGCAUUUCACCUUUGCCCACCAGCAGCUGCCCCCUGUAAGUUGGAUGUGCCCUCCCUCUCCCUGUCUGUCCACUGAGGCACAGGCUCACACCACUCUCCUCUUUGCAGAAUGUCACCCCACUGUGCGUCUUCUGGGAGCCCAACAAAGGGCAGGCAGGUGGCUGGAGCACCAGAGGAUGUGUCACACUGCCUGGGGACAAGGAGACAGUCUGUUCCUGCAACCAUCUCACCUUCUUCACCCUCCUCCUGGUGACAACCCCAUUCCCUACAGCUCCUGCUUUUACCCUGGCUAUGCUGCCAGCCCAUCCCUCAGCUACUUGGUCCCUCAAGUGUCACCACUAGCUGCACAGAGCCAGUCGUUUCUGCUCCCAGGCAAGCCCAGGCCUUUCUUAAAAACAACCUUCGGCCCCAGCUUCAUGCCCUUCCCCUUCCGGCAGGAGCAUAUCAGUAGGGGAUGUAAAGGGUGGAAGCGGACUGACUCUGGAAGCACUGAGACUCAGGGUCCCUUCCCUCAUCUUGUGCUCACACCUCGAGAGAGGUUGCAUCUCCUCAGAUCUACCCCCACCUCCCCUCUCCCUGGAGAUCUGAGGGAAAGACCUGAGGGUUCUGGGCUUGUGAGGUCCUGCAGCACCUCACCAGGAGUUCUCCUCCUGUGCUGCAGGACCCCACUCAGCCCUGUGGUUCUUGCAGCUGUAGCUAGGUUUUCUAGGCUGGUUUGGACCCAUCUGACCCAGGGUGCACGUGUUUGGCAGAACCCGGCUCUGAACACGUCCAUGGCACAGACGUUGGUGGCUGUGGCCAAUACUGGCUGUGGGGUGGCUGUGGCUUUCUCCAUCUUCACCAUUGCCUUCUAUAUUUUCUUAAGGUGCAGCUACCAGCAAUUCAGGUCUGAGGAGACCCUCCGCACCAACCUGGGGCUUCACAUGAACCUGGUCAGCAGCCUGCUCCUGCUCAACCUGGCUUUCCUGCUCAACAGUGGGGUCUCCAGCAGGGCCAUGCCGGGGCUGUGCAGUGCCCUGGGGGGGCUCACUCACUACUGCCUUCUCUGCUGCUUCACCUGGACUGCACUGGAAGGCUCUCAUCUCUACCUUCUCUUCAUCAAGGUCCUUGGCACCUACAUACACCACUACCUGGCAAAGCUGUGCCUCAUCGGAUGGGGCUUCCCUGCUCUGGUGGUGGUUGUGGCAGGAGCCAUGGGCAGCUAUGGAGAAUACAGCAUUCGGACGACGGACCAGCAGACUGUAGUCCACCUGUGCUGGAUCAAUUCCGAACACCUCCUUGUCCACUACAUCACGAACUGUGGCUAUUUCAGCCUUGUCUUCCUCUUCAACACAGCCAUCUUUGGGGUGGUGGCCUGGAAGAACUGCCACCUGUGGAGCACUGGAAUGGUGCAGGGGCACUGCAAAGCCUGGAGAGUGGCCCUGGCGGCUGUGGGGCUUUUCUGCCUGCUGGGAGCCACCUGGGCGCUGGCAUUCCUCAGCUAUGGCAGCUCCUCAGUACCUAUGCUCUACCUCUCUGCCAUCCUGAACUCCCUUCAAGGCCUCUUCAUCUUCAUCUGGCUGGUCGUCCUCUACUACCCAAAGAUGGAGGAGACCACCAACUCCCUCUCCCACAUCAUGAGGAACGACAGAACCGUGGCUGGGUCACAGGGAUAGCUGCUGGCUGGACUUCCUGCCAGUGAGCACACUUGCUGCCCGCGAGCUUUCAGCCUGAAGGACACAGCUUUCUGUGGAGGACAAGCACCCCAGCUGACCAGUGUGGUCCUGGCCCUCACCCAUACCUCAGUUUAUCCUUCGUUGGGUUUGAUCCACCCUAGCAGGACUUUUUGCUUUGGCUGUCCUUUUGCUCCUAGGGGCCUGCCUUGGGCAGCACACAGCACCUUGGUGCAAGGAAUCCCGACACUGCCCUUCUGUCAAAGUCCCUGCAGGCUUCAUGGCCUCAGAAGUGCUCUGAUCUUGUUCCCCAGGGACUCUUGCUGUGGCCCAUGAGCUGGCUACCUUCAUCCUGGAUGGGGCCAUGCUGAUCUUUGCCCAUAAUUCCCAGCAGGAGAUGGACUUGGGCACUGGACCAGGCCAGGGGUGAGUUUUCCUGCUGUACCCAGACUCUGCAGACCCCAUGAGGGUCAGGUCUGGGAAUUAGCAAAAGAGGUUUAUCCACCAGGCAUCUUUACAAUACGGCCUCUCCAAAUGAACCUGGUAGAAUUCUUCAGGCAGUGGAUCUGCUGCGCUUGUCUCCUGCAGAACACUGCAGCUAGUAGCGACUUCCAUGAGGACACCACACUUCAGCCCAUUGGGCACUAGGGUGCUGCAUUCCCCAUACCCUCAGCCAGCUGUGGCUGCUCCCAAGCUGCACUGUCCCCUCCAUGCUGUAUUACAUCUCUGUGUGCAAGUAAACACCUAUCAUCUCAGAGAAAACAGUUAUCUUGUCCAAUCCACGUCUGUUUUAGCAUUAAAACUUUGCUAGCUG